AUGUUAAAUAAAGCUCGCCAAUUUGUUAGCAGUUUCAUGGGCAGCACGGCCAUUCUUAAAUCGGAAAGUUACCAACGUACCCGCGCAUCACGUCGUCAUCUAGAAGAAGAAGAAGACGGUGAUGAUAGUGGAACUUCUAACAAUGCACGUCAACGUUCAUCGGGUAUUUUCUCUUCGAAACGAUUGGCAUCGGGGGAUGAUGCAAAUACUAGCAUCACCUAUCCAUAUACGCGACCGACUUUUCUAUUCCUAAGUCCAGAUCAAAUGGAACAGGCAAAGGACCAUUCCGUCAGACCCGUGGUUGUACCCGAUGAUUUACAAAAAAUCCCACUCAGGGCCGGAUACGCCGAAGUUAUAAAUGCUGGCAAGUCAGAACUCAAUGAAGAUCAGGCUGUUGCUGUGCGCUGUGUCAUUUCUCGUCAUAGCAAUACUCAUGCAACAAAUGUAAAUAUUGCAUCAGUAAAUAAAACUGAUGAGACUAUCAGUAAUGAAAGUCCUGAUAAUGAACAAACGGUUGUCGAAGAGUUGAAGAACAAAGUAGAGUUUACAUAUUUUGGCAUUUUUGAUGGACAUGGUGGAUAUGGUGCUGCAGUUAUGGCAUCACAGAAUCUGCAUAUCUGUCUCAUGAAACACUUAACCAAAAUUCUAGACUUGGAUUUGUUGUCCAACAAAUGCAAUUCCCUUUACCAUACAAUCAAUACUGAUGAUCUCAUUAUUGGGGCUUUGGAAUCCUCUUUCUUUGAAAUGGAUGACCUGAUCUUUGAAGAAAGACACUCCUGUCCCAACACAGGAGGCUGCACAGCUUUGGUAUCUGUGCUUCUACAAGACAAAUUAUAUGUAGCACAAGCAGGAGAUAGUCGUGCUGUUGUAAUUCGGAAAGAUGAAAUAAUCUGCUUAUCCAAUGAAUUCACGCCAGAAACGGAGAGAGAACGAAUUCUUCAAGUUGCACUUGCUAAUCCAAAUUUACUCCACAAUGAAUUUUGUUCAUCCCAAUUUGCACGAAAUGUCUGGAAGAAGGACCUUGGCAAGCAAAUAUUGUGUCGGACUGGAUACAUGAAAGGAUGGAGUCCAAAGGUGAUUACAAGUGAUGAUGUAAAGCCACCAUUAAUAAGUGGAGAUGGAAAAAAGGCCUGUCUGAUGGGAACAAUACGUGUGAGUCGAGGGUUUGGUGAUCAUGAUCUUUGUGUGAUGUCUUCCAGUGUACAAUUGAAACCAUUUCUGUCAUGUGUACCAGAGGUUCAAGUCUAUGAUUUAAGUCAACAAGAUCUUUCUAGUACUGAUAUUUUACUGAUGGGAUCUGAUGGAUUCUGGGAUUGCAUGACAAAUGAAGAAUCAGCAGAUUAUAUCCAUAAGAGAAUGGAAGAACUGAAGGACACUAAUGACAAGUGGGUGAUUCUUGCCAAGGAACUUGUUCUGAAGGCCCGUGGAGAUACUUCUCCAGAAUAUGCCUGGAAAAGAAAUUCUAAGCAGCUAGGAUCCUAUGAUGAUAUAACUGUAUUUGUCAUACCUCUUGGCCUCUACUUAAAGGAGAAAAAGGACUCUGCUAAAGUAUGGACUAAUUGA